GCGUGCUUCCCCAGCCCUAGGAAACCAGGAUGUGUAUCCGGAGAUCCACACUCACUCUGUGCGUCCCCGAGGAAGAGGCAGCAGCCGCGGGGCCCUCUCAGACUCCGGUGGAUGUCCCCAGUCAAUCAGGCCUGCGCCUAGGAGUGCCGGAGACGGGCCGUCACCCUUGGAGCCCCCAGACUUAGGAGAAGCCAGCUCUGUGUCUGGAAGGUGAAGGAAGGUCAGCCAGAAGUACCCUGUAAGUUCAGCCAUGCCCACCAAAGCCUCCCCCCUGCCACUCACCACCAGCUCCGAGAACAGCAGCUCCAUUUACGACUAUGAUUACCUGGAGGAUGUGACCGUCUUGGUCUGCAGGAAGGAUGAGGUCCUUUCCUUUGGGAGAGUCUUUCUGCCGGUCAUCUACAGCCUGAUCUUUGUGCUGGGCUUGGCUGGGAACCUCCUCCUCCUGGUGGUACUUCUCCGCUACACACCGCGAAGACGGAUGAUCGAGCUCUACCUGCUGAACAUGGCCAUCUCCAACCUCUUGUUUGUAGUGACGAUGCCCUUCUGGGCCAUCUCUGUGGGCUGGCAUUGGGUUUUUGGCAGUUUCAUGUGCAAGGUGGUGAGCGUUCUCUACACGAUUAACUUUUACAGCGGCAUCUUCUUUAUCACUUGCGUGAGCCUGAACAAAUACCUGGAGAUCGUUCAUGCCCAGCCUCUCCACAGACCGCAGACCCGGUUCAGGAACCUGCUCCUCAUUGCCGCAGUGUGGACCACGGCCCUGGCCAUCUCUGUCCCAGAGAUGGUCUUUGUCAAGGUCCACCAGACCUCAGAUGGCAUGUGGCACUGUUACGCUGAUUUUGGCGGACACGCGACCGUUUGGAAGCUCUACCUGCGCUUCCAGCAGAACCUUCUGGGGUUUCUCCUCCCACUCUUGGCCAUGGUCUUUUUCUACUCCCGCAUCGGCUGUGUUUUGGUCAGGCUGAGGCCGCCAGGCCAGGGCCGGGCUCUGAGGAUGGCCGCAGCCCUGGUGGUAGCUUUCUUCCUGCUCUGGUUCCCGUACAACCUCACCGUGUUUCUGCACUCGCUCUUGGACCUGCACGUCUUUGGGAACUGCCAGAUCAGCCACUCUCUGGACUACACGAUGCAGGUGACGGAGAGCCUGGCCUUCUUCCACUGCUGCUUCACGCCUAUCCUCUACGCCUUUUCCAGCCGCCGCUUCCGGCAGUAUCUGAAAGCUUUCCUGGCUGCCGUGCUGAGAUGGCACCGGGACCCUGGCCCUGCCCAGGCCCUGCCAUCUAGCCAUUCGGAGAGCAGCAGGGUUACUGCCCAAGAAGAUGUGGUCAGUAUGAAUGACCUGGGAGAGAGGCAGGCUGAUGACUCCCUUAACAAGGGGCAUACGGGGACUGGUUAGGCCUGAGUGGCUGGGCUGCACCAUUCCGGAAAGAACACCGCUCCCUCUCAGGGCCCUCAUGACUGCACUGCUUGGCCCCGUGAUUCUCAACCACCAGCGGUCCUUGCUCACGGCUGCCCCUUCCUCCAUCUCCCUGGACCGUAUGCUGUCUGCUGAUUCGCUGCAAUGGUCCCCAUGAUCUUUGCUUCUGUGGCUUUCUGGGUCCCCAGCAGCCAGUGAGGUCAUUCUACUCGGACUUCAAGGGCUUUGUGACCAGCCUAUGAUCUCACCUCUGCCACGCUCCCUCCUAGUUUCUGGGUGCAGGGCUCCCUGGUUUCCCCUCCCAGUAGGGAGAGCUCAGCCAUGCCACCUGCCUGGACAGUCGUCCCCUUGGGGAGCGAUGGCUCAUUCCUUUGCUCUUGGGGUCAUGGCUCAGAUCUCACGGUGUUGGCGAGGGGCCCCAUGCUCACCCUACUUCAUGCCCUGCCUGCAUCCCCGAUGCUCUAGACCGUUGGCAUCUGCCCUGACCACUUACACUCUGUCCACAGAUUUCUCCUGUCCGUGGCGUCCACUGCCUUAAGCUAUCUACCCUGCAGAGCCACGGAGGGAGGCUCUUACUGUGUGGUCACAGCUACACUCAAACCCAUGCCACAGAAGAAAGUGUGGAGUGUGAGUGACGAGUUCUUUCUCUGUGGCAUUUUUGGGAAGAGCUACAGGCACUCUCCCACCAGGGCCCUUUUCUGUGUAACUCAGAGGGGUCUACACCUUCCUAGCCUUGACAGUAGCUCCAGAGCUGUCGUCUGAAGGCAUUGGAGGUGCUCCAGUCAGGGAACAGCACAACAGGCGCACAUCUGGCAGGAGGAAGGCAGGAACCAUCCCAGCUCGGGCCUGAUCUCAGGACCUUCAGUCUUUCAGAGGUCUGUCAGUCAAGUUCAAGGCUUUCUCUGAACUUUCCAAAAGACCUGCCGGGGAGAAGGUGGCCCCUCAACACAUCCUGCUGGGAAAACUGGGUUUGCAGGUGUGGGAGGUUAAAACAAGAUCCUAUCUCUCAUCUGGUACAAGAGCAGCUAAAAGUGGAUCAAAGACUCGGUAGACCUAAAGCUUUGACCCAAAGGAAAAGCACAGGGAAACAACCAAGACAUCAUCAGAGGCAAGGACUUUCUGAGCAAAGUUCCACUACCCCAGGAAACAGGAGCAGGAACUGAGAAGCAGGAUUGCAUGAAGUUACAUGGUGUUAUAGUCUCCAAGGCACAGGGGCAAAGGUCAGGUUAAAAAGACGGCUUCAUCUGUCUCUUUAACCCAGCUCACUUUUACCUAACAGGGCCAAUAUCCAGACUGCACAGGGGACUGAAAAAUUGACAAGGUCAAAUAAUCCAAUAAAAAAAUAUGGGUGAGUGGUCUGAACAGGCAUUUCUCAAAAGAACAGAUGCUCAAUAAACACAUGAAAGCCCCUUUGCACCCUUGUCCAUCACAGAAACACAAAUCGGAUGAUGCCGCAGGUCUACCUCACCCAGGUCAGUUCCCAGAGAAGUUACAAGAACAGCAGAACCAUGGACUCUGGUGGGACACGGGGAAGAUGGACCCUUAGUGACUGCAGCUGGGUAAACUGGUACAGUCGCUGUGGGCAGGAAUUUGUUGGUUAAAGAACUGAAAACUGCUAAUGACCCAUCAAUAAAACCCCUGCGUGUCCCUGAAGGAAGUGAAGUCGGCGAACUCUGGAGACAACCGUGCAUCAUGUUUAUCAUGCUGUUUUCAACGAUAGCCAGGAUGGGAAUCAGCAUAGCUGUCCAGCAAUUAACAAACACGUGGAAAACACCGUAAACACACUGUAGGGCGUUACCCAGCCUUGAAGGAGACGAGGAGGAGAAGCCGGAAAAUGAUAGUGUUCUGGUUGAGUCAAGUGACGUAAGCCAGGCUUACAGGAGUAUCAUGUAUUUCCUCUAUUUCGUGGAAGCUAAGACAAGAGAGUAGGAAGUAGGAGUAGGGAGAGCAGAGGGAGGAAGGCAUGGCACAUGUAUGUCAUGGACAAAGCAUCAUAUACACAUGUAAGGAAAGGUCACAGAGAACCCUGUCAGUCUACACAGGAUGAGCCCAUAACUACAACAACAUUGCUUGGCAUGAAGGCCAGGACUUGUGUGUGCGUGCACAUGGAUGUGCGUGUGUCAGUGGGUGUGCAUGUGUGCAAUGAAUAUGUAUGUGUCAGUACAUACAUCCACCUUUUUUUUUUGAGACAAGGUCUCUCCCUGGUCAAGGCAGACCCCUGUCUCCCCCUUCCCCGAGGCUGCACAGCUAUAUGCACCAAGCCUGGCUUUUUGGCACUGGGGAUUGGACUCAGGUUCUGGUCCCUGUGUGGCAGGUGCUUCCUUGACUGUGCCUCCCAAGGCCAGCGCUUUCUCAGCUGUAUCCAGGCAUCUUCACCCUCCAGCUCCUCCGUUUCCCCGAACACUCGCCACUCCGUGCGGCUCUUGUCUGCCCUGCUCCCUCUGUAAUAAAGUUUGCUUCUGGUCACGUGUGUUCUCCCUCAUCUCCCAAGCUAAUCCUACCUGCUCUGGGGGAAGUUGCCCUGCCCUGUGCUCCAGGUGGAGUCUUAUACUGUUCUGAUUUGGAUCAGCAUCCUCUGAGUUUCCCGUAGUGGAGAAACCUCCGAGCAGGCCCUUGAAGGAAACGCUGGAGCCUGUUGCGGGAGGUCCUCCCACUCCUCCAGCCUAUCACCACUGAGGUACCAGCCCACUGGGGCGUGGUUUCUCUCCCUUUAAAAAAGCGGCCACUUCCCUCUUCUCUCUC